GGGAGGCUCCGAAGAGCGACGUUGCCGCCAGAUUAGCUGCAACUUCUCUCCAUAAACCUUAACCCACAUUGGUCUAAUAACGCGUUCCAGAUCGUUUUCUAUAGCUAUCUAUGCAAGGAGAAGAACGUGUGUAUGUGUGUGUGUGUGUAGAAAUCCGCUCCAUCUUUUUUUUUAAUGAAAGAGGUGGAGGUUGUGCGGUAGAUUCGGCGCGUUUUAAUAGGCAAUGACAGCCUCUUUUUUCUUACCACGGAGACCCUAUACCCCCCCCCCAUCAUACAGAAUAAUAACAAGUGCUGCUGCCGUUGUUUUAAUUUGGGAAAAAAAUCUUUGGAUUUCAUGCCGUUUUGUCGCAGCCGUGGGUCCGUGUCUUGCUUCGUUACACUCUUCUCACACACUCACCAACCCCUUACACAGGCGCCCAGUUUUUGCUCCCGAGGCACCGGCAACUUGAUAGGGCAGGCUGAGCUUUCAAAAGGAGGAAGUUUGCCCUUCUGUGUGGUCUUGUUUGUUUGCUUAGGGGGAAAAAAAUACUACUGGCGGCAACAAUGUCAGCAGCUGCUGCUGCUGCUGGGAGUUUCUCUCUCUCUCUUUCUCUCUCUCUGUAUUUCCCCUGCUGCCUUUCUGAUGUAAGGAAGGAGCAAGACUCGGGCAGGCUGCAGCUUGCUGCUUUUAGACUUGAUUUGCAUGAACCGAGUGCAAAGUGCAGAGCGAGUCUUUUCCGGCCCGCAUUCCCCUUGGAAGAACCCUAGGCUGGAGAGGCCAAAAAGUGGCGCGGAAAAGCUGAGCCAAGGCGGUAAGGAAAGGUAGCUCGGGCUUCCCCAUGAGUUGGACCGCCCGGGCCAGCUGGGGGCUGGCGUCUUGGGCGACUCCGCGGCGGCCGUGGCUAGCGUGGCGGCGGCGGCAGCAACAGCAGCAGCUCCGCCCCGGUCCCUUGGCGAGCCUCGGGCGGCUUUGCUUGGGCGGCGCUUGGCCCCGGCCCAUCGUGGACAUGUCGUACUCCCGGCACUUCCUGGAUUUCCAAGGCUCGUCCAUCCCCACCUCCAUGAAGAAGCUGGUCGCGACCAAGUUGAGCUCCAACUUCCGCGAAGCCGUGACCUUACGCCAUGUGCCCGUGCCGCUCCCGGGAGACCACGACCUGCUUGUUAGGAACAGAUUUGUCGGCAUUAAUGCAUCUGAUAUUAACUUCUCUGCUGGCCGAUACGACACUUCAGUUAAGCCCCCAUUUGAUGUAGGCUUUGAAGGAAUGGGUGAAGUGGUGGCGUUGGGCCUAAGUGCAAGUGCUAAGUACACAGUGGGCCAACCAGUAUCCUACUUCAGGCCUGGUGCUUUUGCUGAAUACAUUGUUGUGCCUGCUAAAGAAGCUAUUCCAAUACCCACUGUGAAACCCGAGUUUCUGUCAUUAUUGGUAAGUGGAGCUACAGCGUAUAUCAGUCUGAAGGAGCUUGGAGAAUUGUCUGAGGGGAAGACUGUUCUGGUGACAGCAGCAGCUGGAGGAACUGGACAGUUUGCUGUGCAGCUUGCAAAGAAAGCAAAAUGCCACGUAUUAGGAACUUGCUCCAGUGAUGAGAAAUCUGGCUUUCUGAAAUCCAUUGGUUGUGACCGUCCUAUCAACUAUAAAAUUGAACAUGUUGCUGAUGUUCUUAAGAAGGAGUGCCCAAAAGGUGUGGAUGUAGUGUAUGAAUCUGUUGGUGGAAAGAUGUUUGACUUGGCUAUCAACUCCUUGGCUACCAAGGGGCGCCUGAUAAUUAUUGGGUUUAUUUCUGGCUACCAAACCCCUACUGGCCUUCAGCCUAGUAAUGUAGAGAUUCUGCCAGCAAAGCUGCUAAGAAAAUCUGCCAGCAUCCGGGGUUUCUUUUUACUCCAUUACAUUUCUGAAUACCAAGCAGCUAUGAAACACUUAGUUGAAAUGUGUGAAAAUAAAGAACUGACUUGUGAGGUAGACUUUGGUGACAUGUCUCCAGAGGGCAAGUUCACUGGCUUAGAGUCAGUGUUCCGUGCUAUAGAUUAUAUGUACAUGGGAAAAAACAUUGGAAAAAUUGUAGUUGAAUUACCUCAUUCUGUCAACAGUAAGCUGUAAAAACAGGACAAUGAUAUAAAUCAAGGAAGGGAAAAUGGGUACUUUAUGUUUCACAAUAACUAUAAACAGUUCCAUUUCUUCAAAGUUGGCAAGGGGUAACAUUUAAAAUUGCAUUUAUGAUUAAUAAAAGAUUGAUUUAUUUAAAUUUGUUUUGGAUUCUUUGUAUUGUUUAAAGUGUGGUUGUCUUUGGCAUUGCUUCAAAUAACUGCAUUGCCCUUUUGUUUAGAAAUUUUGAAUUAAUUUUUGCUUAACUUUGAAUUGACCUGAGCAUGAAUCUGACUAAUCAUAAAAAUGAUCUUUUCCUGUACCACUGAAACGGGCUUUAAUCCUGUGAACGCUAACCUUUGAGUAAAGCCUGGGGAACUCGGCGGGGGAGGGGGAGGGUCUUACUUCUAAAUGGAGAGGUGUCCCUUAGGCGGUGGUCUUACGUGCAUUUUGAUGCUGCUCUCACUUGAGGCUUACUUCUGAGUAGACAUAUAUGGAAUUGCAUUGUUAAAAUCUUGUGAAAUUAGCUAUGCUUUAGAUUAUUCACAUCAAAAUGGAUGGGCGCAUUCUACUGGGACAUUCUGUGGAGCAGUGAGAAUCAUGUAGGGUCAGUUUUGCAGUGGAUAAUAACCUAGGGGGUUGUGCCCAAUAUAUUUCAAAAGUGAAAAUAUGUCAGCUUUUCAUGAUAACGAUUUAAUGAUGGUCAACAUCCUUACUUUCCAUGCACAUCUAAGACAAGUUCUAGUUAAGAUAUGAAAAUAUGUCUUCCUACUUAUAUACAAAUCAAUUCUAUCAGCUUUGCCUCAGGUUUUUAAUUACAUUUUUAUAUACUCAGAAUGUCAUACUUAAGCAUUCCUCUGACUGUAUUAGCACAUGAACUGAACUAACCUUGCUGUGAUGCAACUUUAUACUACGAAUAAAAUAAUCCAAAAACUAUGCAAUUAAUAAAGCAUUCAAAGAGGUCUGUUUGCCACCCUACAGAAAGCAGAAGUGACUGGAUUGUUUGCAUGUGCAGUAAGUGACAACUUUUGUAAGAUCUUAUAUUGCACAAAUGUAUAUGUAAAACAUUAAACAUAAUUUGAGUCAACUUUU